AGAUCGCGGCUGGAAACGCUAUCCAUGGUGGAGUAUUUCCUCCUCGUUGAGUACGUCAAGUGCAUUAUUCCGGCCAUGUACGGCAUAUUUCAAGUUGUACUAGCCCAGCUGCCCAAUGCCGUGUACUAUCCGUCGCUGGCAAGUGCAACCCCGCUUGAUUUCUCUCGAUCACAUGCAAAUAUGGCCGUGUUCGUUGCGGUGAAGAUAUUCUUCCUGACGGCAUUCAUGGUGCUCCUCUAUCGCCGAUUGCGUUUCUCCGUGCUGCAUCAACUCGCGUUCGUCUUGGAGACGGCAGCCGACGAUAUUCAAGCGAAGCUGGCGAUGUUCAUUCCGUACUGCUUUUUCUUCUUCUUGGCGCAUAAUGGUACGCUU